AUGUCGGGUGUCGGAAGUCUUAAGGUAGAUUUUGAGGUAAUAUAUAGCACGGAAGCUGCAUCUGCCGAUAAUCUUACAAAAACAACUACCGCUUUUCUGACUGGAGAGAACACAAUAGACGUGUUUAAUGAAACUGUGUUUGCAACAUCCGUGAUGAUAAAUUCUAUAACCUUAACCAACGAAACUAGAUCAGAAGAAGAAAUCAUGUGUAAUGUUUAUAAAUCACUAAAUGGACGUUGUGAGGAAAAUGAAAAAUGUGUUAUUCUUAAAGGAAAUAAUUCCUGUGUAUUAAAUGAAAAAGAUAGCGGAAUUGGUUUAACGCUUGUGAUCGUUGUUGUGGUUUGCUCAAUAUUUGUACCAAUCAUUAUUGUGACAAUCACCUGCUUAGCUAUACGGAAAAUACGAAACAAAGACAAACAUUUAUCACAUUCACAAGGACAAAGACGAGACUCAGAAUGGUAGUUUAAUUUCUACGCUUUUCCUUUUAAGAUAUCUGAUUGCUUGGAAGCUGAUAUAUGUCAUAAUUACAUUUUAAUUAUAGCGAUUGAUUGACUAUUUUCUUCCACUGAUAAAUUAGCCUUAAUAUAAAUAUACACAUAUUUUUUCAAGUUUGGAAGGUCAUACGACUGAUUAUCAACUCGGCUGAUGUUUUCAACGGUAUCUGACAGCAUUUACUACUAACGACAAGCAAAAGGCUAUAUGAGUUAGGUUAUCCUCAUGGUUUAACUUUCAUAAAUAAAAACGAAAAUUGAGAUUUUCAUUCCAGAAAGUCUUUCGCAAGUAUAUUAUAAGAAAGUUAUAUCUUUGUUUUAAUCUCAUCUCUGCAAACAGUGAAAAGUUUAAAACACAAAAUAAGUGUUAAAGUCAUAGGGUUAGGGUCCAAGAAUCAUUUGUUUCAAUGAUAUUUGUCUUUCAGUUGUGUAUAUGGUGUACCUUUGAAAUGAACUGUAAAUAUUUGUCAAUGAACGAGCACAGAAUUUGCGCAUAUAACAUGUUAUUUAAAUAUUCAAUAGCCAUUCAAUUUUCUCUAAACAUUAUCUUGUUUUUGUUUUAUAUUCUAUGCGUAUAUAGUAUGUAGCCUUUCUUAUCUUUUGUCAUUGAGUUCUUACAAGUGUCGUUCAGUAUACUUUGAUAGAAAUGCACAUGUACGGAUAUAUGCUUUAUUGUAGUAAAUAAUUUAAAUAGUAACAUGAUGAAUGUGAUAGAGUUUAUGUCACAAUUUUAUUGAUAUGGAUAUGUGAAUGAACUUGAUGUAUAACAAGAAUGUUAGAUAAGCUGAUUUCUGUAUAAAUAGAAAAACACAUAGAUAUGUUUUAGUUUUGUUUUUAUGACUUUAUGAAAUAUGCUUUGAAUAGAAGAUUUGUGUAUUAGAAAUAGAUUU